UUUUUUAUUUUCCAUCGCGUUCUAAUUUCUCCCGCCUCGCCUUUUUCGUCGGAGCAAUAAAUAAGAUACAAGCUACUCUCAUUCAAAAAUCAAAAAUAUCCCCCAUUGACCAAAGACCCCGGACUCGUCAAAACUCGGGGGAAAAUAAAUUAGAAAUUUAAACCCAAAUCAAAGAGAGAGAGAAAGAGACAUCGAUUUGCUCAUCCUCUUCUCCUAAUCUCUGGUCUCAAUUCUCAGCCUAGCGUCUGCCCUUCUCUCUCUCUCUCUCUCUUGAUUCGUAGUUGUGAUUCAAUUUGCGGAUUUGGGGAUUUUAGGGGUUGGAGAUGAAAUCGCCAUUGAGGAAGCUGAGGGGUCUGGCUCACAAGGGCGAUUCUAAGGAGAAGAAGGAUCACCGUCACCGGCAUGGGCAGCCGGGGAGGCUCGAUGAACUCGUUCAGGCGACUCAGGACAUGCUAGAUAUGAGAAGCUGCUAUGAUAGCUUAAUUUCUGCUGCAGCUGCCACAGCAAAUAGUGCAUAUGAAUUCUCAGAAGCUCUGGAUGAAAUGGGGACAUGCUUGCUUGAAAAAACUGCAUUGAAUGAAGAUGAAGAUAGCGGUAGGGUUCUCCUGAUGCUGGGGAAAGUGCAGUUUGAACUUCAGAAACUUGUUGAUAGCUAUCGUGCACAUAUCGUCCAGACAAUCACAACCCCAUCAGAGUCUCUUCUUAAGGAGCUACAGACUGUGGAGGAGAUGAAGCAGCAAUGUGAUGAGAAAAGAGAUUUAUACAAAACCAUGUUAGCAUCAUACAGACAAAAGGGGAGACUGAAACAUGUCAAAGGUGAAUCAUUCUCAUCUCAACAGUUGCAAGAGGCACAUGAGGAUUAUGAAGAGGAGGCAAAUCAAUUUGUCUUCCGCUUGAAGUCAUUGAAACAAGGUCAAUCCAGAAGUCUUCUUACGCAGGCAGCAAGGCACCAUGCUGCACAGUUAAAUUUUUUCAGGAAAGGACUCAAGUAUCUGGAAGAUGUUGAACCACAUGUCAAAAUAGUUGCUGAACAUGAGCAUAUUGAUUAUCAGUUCAGUGGACUUGAAGAUGAUGAUACAGAAGAUGAUGGUGAUUAUUAUAGUUAUGACGAAAAUGAGGAUGGGGAACUGAGUUUUGACUAUGGACAAAAUGACAGAGACCAAGAUUCCCUUUCUUCAUCUACAAAUUCCAUGGAGUUAGAUCAAGUAGAGGAGUCAGUGACUCGAACAUCAACAACAGAACCUGCAAAGGAAAAUAUAGAGAGAAGCUCCACAGAGUGGCCCAAUUUUUACAAGAGAGGUAAUGCUGGCAGCAUAUCGGCACCCAUUUUUCCUGAUAAAAGGCCUGAUCCAUCAGAAAAGAUAAAAGAACUGCGACCAUCGUCAACAAGGAAGUUUCAUACUUAUGUUCUACCCACACCAUUAGAUGCUAAGCAGUCAGUUUCCACAGGCUCAAUUAGACCAAAUUAUGCAUCUAGACCUGGAAACAAGUUUCAAACACCUGCACAAUUAUGGUAUUCAUCUCCCUUGGAGUCAAAUAAAUUCCUUCAAAAUUCUAGAGAUGUUGAAAUGUUAAACCCCACAAAGUUCCCAAAAGCACAUACAACGGUACUAAAACAGAGCAAUAUUUAUAGUAGUCCCAUCAAGAUGCCGCCUCCUCUGAGGGAGGAACCGCCAACUCGUCCACACGCAGGUUCGGACCCCAAAAAAAUUAAACGAAAUGCUUUCUCUGGUCCAAUAACAAGUAGACAUUGGUCAAAUCCAGCUUCUAUGUCUCCAUCACGUGUGCAAACUCGUCAGCCAUCUCUCUCUCCAAAAAGAUCGCCUAAGAUCUCACCUCCUCGUAUGAAAUCACCAACGAUCAGUGAACUUCAUGAGCUUCCCAGACCACCAACUGGUUCAACAAGACAAACUAGGCCUACAAGCUUGAUUGGUCAUUCAGCACCUUUGGUUUAUAGAGAACAAGAGCUAAACAAGAAGACCAAUGUAUCUCCACUUGUAUCACAUACAGCAUCGCCCUUACCAACACCACCUGCAGCUGUACAUCGCAGUUUCUCUAUACCCUCCAGAAGAAUGCCAUUGUCGCCGGUUGCUAAAUUUUUGAAGGAUCCCAGUAACACUGACUUGUCUGAAGAUGUUGCUUCGCCUCCUCUGACCCCCAUAUCUUUAAAGAAUAUCCAUCCAACGUCACAGGUGUCUGAGUCGGGUAUUCGAGCAACGAAAUCGAAAGAAACCUUGUGACAGAUGCACAUGCCUCUGAUGUAUAUAAAUGUCUGCAUUCCCAGAUUUUGCCCAUGAUUUUCUUGUCGACCGUUCAUUGUGAUGAGAUCAAGUAAAUCAAUCUCUUCGAAGUUCUGAGAUCCAUUAAAAGAGGUUUUUUGUUCUCUGAAACGAAAAGGAUUUUUUGUUUUAGAAUUGGUUUUAGAUGUGGCAAAACUCAAUCUAGCGGAGCCAUGUAUUUUUCUUUUGUUGUGUAUAGUGCAUUAGUGGCAUUCUGCUGUAGUGAAGAAGCAAGUUCAUUCUUUUCUAAGUUCACCUUUUGGGGCUGUUUGGUUGUUUUCUAAUAACUAGUAUGGUGCACGUGCAACACAUGUGUGACCAUUUUCAUGUUUAUACGUAGGCUAUAAGCACGCAU